GGAACCCUAAUUGCGCAAUCCGACCCCCUCCCCCCCAAAAAUCAAAAUCCUCCCGACAGCAUCCUCGGAUCUUGUCCGCCGCCGUGCGGCCGGCCCGACGGCCCUCCCCCGCCGCCGGCGAUCUCUUCCCCCGCUCUCCACCGAUAGCUCGCUUUCACGGUGGCUUAGAAAUCGUUGUCAUCGUUGUCGUCGUCGUAGUCACGGUGUGGAAAGCAGUCGUUGAGCCUCAAUACAUCCCCCCCGCCCCAUAGCUGUAAUUCGAGAUUCGCAUGGCGGCCACGGACGCCACCCCCAAGUUCCAGAACCGGGACUUCCGCCCGGUGCCGCCGCCCCCCGACUUCCGCCCGGAGGUCGCCGUCGCCGCCCACGACGGCCUCCGCUUCUGGCAGUUCAUGAUCGCUGGGUCGGUCGCGGGGUCGGUCGAGCACAUGGCCAUGUUCCCCGUGGACACGCUCAAGACCCACAUGCAGGCGAUGGGCUCCUGCCCCAUCAAGUCGGUGGGCCUCCGGCAGGCCCUCCUGUCGAUACUGAAGUCGGACGGUCCGAUGGGUCUGUACCGGGGCAUCGGCGCCAUGGGGCUCGGCGCCGGGCCAGCCCACGCCGUGUACUUCUCGGUCUACGAGGCUUGCAAGAAGUUCUUCUCCGGCGGGAAUCCGAACAAUUCGGCCGCCCACGCCGCGUCCGGGGUGUGCGCCACGGUCGCCAGCGACGCCGUGUUUACGCCGAUGGAUAUGGUCAAGCAGAGACUGCAGUUGAACAACAGUCCUUACAAAGGGGUUUUUGAUUGCGUGAGGAGCGUCAUGAAGGAAGAGGGACUUAGGGCUUUUUAUGCAUCGUAUAGGACUACUGUCGUCAUGAAUGCUCCGUUUACUGCCGUGCAUUUUGCGACAUAUGAGGCUGCAAAGAGGGGUUUAGUGGAGGUUUCGCCGGAAAGUGUGAAUGAUGAAGGUUGGGUUGUUCACGCCACCGCAGGAGCUGGUGCUGGGGCACUGGCAGCUGCUGUUACAACCCCUCUUGAUGUCGUGAAGACUCAGCUGCAGUGUCAGGGUGUCUGUGGAUGCGAUAGAUUUAAGACUGGUUCAAUGAGGGAUGUCUUUCGAACGAUAAUAGAAAAGGAUGGAUACAGAGGGCUCAUGAGAGGAUGGAUGCCUAGGAUGCUAUUCCAUGCUCCUGCUGCUGCAAUCUGCUGGUCUACUUAUGAAGCCUCGAAGUCAUUUUUCGAGGAACUUAACAGUAAUAGCACUAAUCGUGUUGUCACCUGAAAACCCAUUGCCACAGUUUUGUUCUUUGUUACCCUGCCGGGGCACCAAUACUCUGCACACUAUUGAAGCGAAAUAUGAUGUGGAGAUCUUUCUCUUGCGGAGUCUGCUUGACUUGAGGCAUUGGAGAAGGAGAGGAGUAAUCAUACUCGGAACAUGCCUGCAGUUGCUCCCGACAACAAAAUGAGUUGAUUAGGUUGAAUUAAUGUAUUCAUAUCACACUUCUGGCGAUUUAAAUAAUAUUAUCAAUCAUAGCUGAGUGGAUUCAUUUGAUUUCUGGCAGAAUUGUUUCUGUAAAACUUAGUAUCGAAUUUUGCUGUGUAGGCAACUACACAAAAGCUCCAAUCUCUUUUGGAAUACACGAGGAAUAGCUGCUUUCUUUUAGAA